AUGAGAGGGCCUUUAUUCCCUUUUCUUUUUCUUCUCUUUUCCGCAUCGACUUGUCAGGAAACUGAACGGAUCCUGGCGAAUAACGGAACCGAGGACAACGAAUUUAUCUCGAAAGGAUCGUCUCCGAACCCGAAUCCUCUGCUGCUCUCCAAUUCGUCCGCCGGUUUGUACGACUCGAAAGGAAGAAUCCGUAUUACUCUCGGCCACAUCGGAGCCAUCGGUGCUCUUCGAAACGACGUAAAGAUCUUGGAAGCGUCUCACAAAUCUCUUCUGGCUGAGGGAAUCCUUGACGAUGAUCUGGAUGUAGAGUGCGUUUGGUCCGGGAACGUUCUAGGCUAACUUUCUUUGUUCAGAAUCAUAUCACAAACUGGAUGUGGAGAGUCGUACGAAGGAGUCGCCGUGGCCGCAGACAUGUACCAUCUUCAGAAGGUGAAAGCAUUCAUCGGACCCUACUGUAAUGCUGAAAUGGACGCCGUCGCUCGGAUGGCUGCUUUCUGGAACAUUCCAAUCAUCGGAUACAUGGCCGCUUCGAAUGCUCUGGCCGAUAAGAACGCGUACCCGACACUGGCGAGAAUCUCGGUAAGUCGUGUAGAUGAGAGUGUAGGGCAGAUGAUGAUAUCGAUUCCAGAUGAGAACGACGAACUCAAUUGCCGAAGCUACGUGUGCAAUGCUCCGUCAUUACGGCUGGAACAAAGUGGCAAUCGUGACGAACACGGGCGUCUCUGCCUAUGACAGAGUGCUUUCGUUUGAAGAAGUCUUCCAUCAGAGAGGGGUUACUGUUGUCAAAAAGAUCAUGUUCGAUGAGUUCGCAGAUCAGAAGGCAAUGAUUGCCUCGGGACUUCUGAAUGACAUCAAGAAUUCUGCAAGAAGUGAGCCACUUCAAGCGAGGAAAUUACUCGUUUCCCAUUUCAGUUGUCGUUUGUCUCUUCUCGAACACGAGAGAAACGUCCCGCGAGUUUCUGACCGCCGCGAAUCUUCAGGGAAUGAGUGUGAACGAGUACGGAUACGUGUUUCCGUGGCUGCAGGACGGAGGAAAGGACGUGGCUCCGUGGACGGGCUCCGAUGGAUCCAUGCUUCAGAAGGUCAAGGACCAGUACGCGAAUGCAAUCAUUGUAAGCUAUGGUAACUAUGAGAAGCAGUAGAGAGACUCAUUUCUAGAUUGACGACGUGAACAGUUUCGACAAUUCAAUCAUUGGGCCAUUUGUCGAGAGAAUCAAAGACGUCGGACUGACGGAAGCAGAUGUCGAUAUUGUGAGUCUGCACUUGAACAGCCUUCUCAUUCCCUCCGCGUUCAGGCCAAUAUCUAUGGAUAUCUCUAUUUGUUUGACGCUUUGAAACUGUACGCACUUGCCGCCCGCAAAUUGUUGAACGAGACGGGAAAGCCCGAGAACCUUCUGAACGGACGGCUGUUGUGGCAGAACAUGAGACGCAUGAAGUUCGUCGGAAUGGUCGGCUCUUCCGGAAUCGCUUCCGGACAGGUCUUGAUGGACGAUCGGGCGGAAAGAGCGCCGCUUUACAGAGGAUUCUUCGUGUCGCCCAACUCGGAUCAGGUGCUGCCGAUGGUCCACAUGGAGCCGACGAUGUUGGAUAACUGCGACGGAAUUGCCAACAAAUCAGGAUGCUAUGAAAUAGUCGUGACUGAUAUUAUGCGCGACUUUUGGCCGUCGAUAGACAGGAAGAUGCCGAAAGUAACGGAUAAAAAGAAUGUGCCGGACUGGCUAAGCUGCGAAGAUUUCAGGAUGAGCCCGACUGUGGAUAUCGCAACGAAAGAUGCGACUACACGCUGAUUAUCAUCGGAGCCGCGCUUAUCCUUCUUUUCAUCGUCGCCGCCGUUUCAGUCUUCUUUGUGCAAAAGAUCUUGUUCGUUGAAAUGGACCGAGAAGUGAAAUUAAGGAGAAUUUCAGGGAGAAACGGGCUUUGGACAAACUGCCGUUCCGUAUUUACCGGGAUGAUUUGCAGUUCAUUGACGAGGAACAACUGAAGAGUAUGCUGUCAUUGGGAAGUACACGAACGAAGAUGAGCAACAUGAACUACGGUUCGAGAAACCAUGCGAUUGUGGGAACGAACACGCACGCGAUCUACCACAAGUACGUGCAGAGACGACCGAUUCUGUUCAACAGAGCAGACAAAACACUCCUUCAAUUGGUGGGCAAAAAGAGAGGAACAAACGAGGGAACAGGGGACAUUUUCAGAUGAAAGCGGCUGUUCAUGACAACAUCAAUCCGUUCUUGGGAAUGGUUUGGAACGAAAGGGAGGAGAUGUUGCUCGUUUGGAAGUUCUGCUCUCGUGGAACCCUUCAGGACAUCAUCUACAAUGACAAUAUCCAGUUGGACACGAAGUUCCACGGAGCGUUCAUCAGAGACAUUCUUGCCGGACUCGAGUAUCUGCACGCCUCUCAGAUCGGGUACCACGGAUCCCUCACUCCCUGGUCGUGUCUCAUCGACCGCAACUGGAUGGUCAAACUGACUGAUUACGGUAUUGCUGAUCCGUUGGAGCGCUGGGAGAAACAGCAGGCAAUCUCUCGCGACGCGCUGACGGGAGAGGAUGACAAGUCGCAGGCGACGCAGAGCACGAGCAUCCUGUACGAAGCACCGGAAAUGCUGAAGAACAGAGACAAGAACAAGACGAGAAGAGUGGAUCAGGACUGGAUGCGGCAAACUCAGGCGAGAAGACAGCUCGGAGACGUGUACGCCUUUGGACUCGUCAUGUUCGAAAUCAUCUUCCGCGCAUUGCCAUUCCCGGAAGGAACCAACCACAUGGAGCUGGUCGAGUGGCUCCGGGACGGAUCGAAGGUUGUGAAGCCGACGAUUGGCCAGAACAAAGUGCUCAACAUGGAUCUGACCGCGCUCAUCCAGGAUUGCUGGAACACGACGCCCGAGAUGAGACCAUCGCUGCGCAGAAUCAAGUUGAACGUGGAAACCUAUUUGAACAUGUCCGUAUUCCAGAAACGUCGGCUUAAAACUAGAGAAACUAUUACAGAAAGGGAUCUUUGGUCGACCAAAUGACUCGGAUGAUGGAGCAAUACGCGAACAAUUUGGAGAAGUUGGUGGCGGAAAGAACUGGAAUGUUGGAAGAAGCCAACCAGCGAGCGGACCGACUGCUGAGCCAGCUGCUCCCCGCCUACGUGGCAAACGAACUGAAGCUCGGCAGACCUGUUCCUCCGAAGACGUUCUCCACUUCCACUGUUCUUUUCAGGUCGGGUUUCAUCACACUAUUCAGCGUCUAUUCAUGCAUUCCUUUCAGCGAUAUUGUUGGUUUCACUGAAAUGUGCCAACACGCUUCUCCAGUAGAAGUUGUGGCUGUCCUCAAUGGAAUAUUUGAUGGGUUCGAUCAGUUCAUUGCAAGAAAGGACGCCUACAAAGUGGAAACAAUCGGAGACGCCUACAUGGUUGUGUCGGGAGUUCCUGAAGAGAAUGGGCACCGUCACAUCAACGAGAUCGCCAGCAUUGCAUUGGAUGUCCACAAGGUUUCCAUGAACUAUCCCUGUUCGUUCGUCAGUCAUUCCAUUUCAGUUCCUUUCCGAGUUCGUCGUCCCUCACAAAAAAGACGCGAAGGUGCAGUGCCGUCUCGGAUUCCACACUGGCCCAGUCGCCGCCGCCGUCGUCGGCCUCAAUGCGCCCCGCUACUGUCUUUUUGGAGACACUGUCAACAUGGCCUCCCGGAUGGAAAGCAACGGAGAACCGGGCAAAACACAGAUCUCAGAGGCCGCUAAGCUUCUUUUGCUCAAGGAGUAUCCGGAUUACAUCUGUGAGCAGAGAGGAGAGAUUCCGAUUAAAGGAAAGGGGCUGUGCAUGACAUACUGGCUGCUCGGGACCAAGUCCGAAGGAUCUGGCCAGAGCGCCGCUUACUUGGCUCCGGCGAUGAAGUCGGCCGGGACCGGAUUCACCGGAAUGCUCGGAAACGCGGCGAACGACUACUCGCUGAACCUGAGAAACCCCACCGGACUACAAAGAUAA